AUGUCAAUGGUUUCUCAAGUUCCUUUUCAACUCUCCGGUCGGUAUGCCGAGCACAAUCGGUGGGAGGUUCUCAACGGCCCAGGCGACUCGCGUGCAACUGGAAGCCAAAUUAUCGAAGAUGAAGGUCUUGUUGGCCAGUGUGCAGAAAAGGUUGUCCUGAUCACCGGUGUUUCAUCUGGGAUCGGUGUUGAGACUGUGCGUGUCCUGGCAUCUACUGGAGCGACCAUCUUUGGCACGGCCCGGAACAUCGAAAAGGCAAAGGAGGCUUUGGGCUCGUUGCUCGAUACCGGGCGUGUGAAGCUUCUUUUCAUGGAUCAGACAGACCUCUCCAGUGUUCGGGCCUGCGCCGAGGGAUUCCUCAACCAAAGCUCCAAGCUCAACGUUAUAAUCAACAAUGCCGCUGUGAGUUCAUUAAUGCCGAUACAAAAGUGCGACCUCGCUAAUCGGACAAAGGUGAUGAAUACCCCCGAAAGUCGGACUAAAGAUGGCUUUGAGCUUCAGUUUGGAACCAAUCACUUGUCGCACUUCCUCCUCUUCUAUUUACUGAAAGACACCCUUUUGGAAACCGCACGUGUCUCGCCUGACUUCGCCUCUCGUGUUGUCAGCGUUGCCUCGGCAGCCCAUCGCUACAGCCCUAUUCCUCUGGACAACUUCAACUGGGAAGGUAACUACAACGGCUGGCUUGCUUAUGGAUCUAGCAAGACCGCCAAUAUCUACAUGACCACCCAAAUCGAGCGCUUAUAUGGCGCCCAAGGCCUUCAUGGCUUCAGCGUCCACCCCGGGGCUUUUAUGAGCUCCAACCUCCAGAAAUAUUCUCAGGAGGAAAUGAAAUCUAUUUUGGAAGACAAGCGUGGAAUGGCAUACUUGUCGAGUCUCGGACAGGCCUGCGCAACCAGCAUAUAUGGUGCUGUAUCGAGCGAGCUGGAAGGCAGGGGUGGCUUGUAUUUGGAAGGCGCAUCGGUGGCAAUUCAUCCGACACCACCGGGGGGAGAUGUGCUUGAAUAUGGAUAUGACAGUUGGGCAUUUGACCAGGCAAGAGAACAAGAAUUGUGGAAGCUUAGUAAAUCCUUGGUAGGAGUUGAGUGA